AUGGUCACUCACAUGGACAAGGGAGCUAAUGCAAGCAAACCGAUGCUGCGCAAUCCGCAGCAAGACCAGAUGACUCAUCCGCAUGACUCCAAAUUGACCAAUGAUAUUCCGGAAGACAAACAAGUGGAGAGUACCCUAUCCGAUGCCAAGACUACGACUAGUAAUCAAUCAUCAAAUGAGGAAGACUCUGCCACCUCAACCAAGACAUAUAAUAGUCUAGAAGUACCAUCUCAUAUCAAGUAG